AUGCCGCCUCGUGAGAAAAGCUCACUCAAACGGGGUAGAGUCAGCGCGGAUGCCGAUUCGCAGGACUUGAAAAAGCCUCGGCGCUCUCAAAGAAUUUCAAGUCAACAGCAUUCACUCGAGACCCCGGUUGACCAUGAUUACUUGCCCACUCCUCUGACCCACGGGAAUUCGACGGCGACAGAUAUCCGUAACGAAGUCACGGCCACGCCGCCGGAUAGUCCACGCCAGGGUCGCCAGCAUACGCCUUCGAACCCCCAAUUCUCCCAGGCCUACUCCUCGCCGCCAGGAGAUACUCAAGCUUUGUCGCAGUUCGUUUACCCGCCCCGGGCUUAUACAGAUGAGGUGGAUGAUGAAGUUGAGGAGGGAGUCUGGGGUUAUCUGGUCCCACUGGAUGACAACGUGAAAGGUGCUCUCGUCUUGAAACACCGAGAUGGCUGCAGCAGUCGGGAUGAAUCUAGCAAAGACCAACUUGGGAAGAAGUCUCAAGUUCGAAAAUUAGCCAACGGCCGGGCUCCUGGUGGCUAUCUGAUCGGCCGUCACCCCGAGUGUGACCUGGUGAUCAAUAAUCCCACAAUCUCGAACCGGCAUUGCCUUCUCUUCUCGGAGAAGCGGAAAGGGGAUGUGGUGGCUAUGCUGGAGGAUCUCUCAAGUAACGGAACCUUUGUGAAUGAAGCAAUUGUAGGACGAAACAAACACCGUGAAUUAGAGGACCGUGAUGAGGUCUCCAUCUUAAAAGAGGCCCGAUUUGUCUUUUACUACCCCCGGACCCGAGACACCAGCGGCUUUCGCCAGCAAUAUCGCCGGCUCCAGCAGUUGGGCAAGGGUCAUUUCGCAACCGUCUACCUGUGUGCUGAGCGAGCGACCGGGAAGCAUUAUGCAGCCAAGGUCUUUGAAAAGCGCCCUGGCGACUCCCAGAAAUCCCAGCAGAAUGACACCGUGCAGCAAGAAAUUGCCCUUCUCAUGGGAGUCAAUCACCCCAAUCUCCUUUGCUUGAAAGACACCUUUGACGAAAACGACGGCGCUUAUCUUAUUCUUGAGCUAGCCCCCGAAGGAGAGUUGUUCAACUUGAUUGUGACCAAACAGAAGCUCAGCGAAUCGGAAACCCGCCACAUAUUCCGACAGCUCUUCGAGGGACUGAAGUACUUGCAUGAUCGCGGCAUUGUGCAUCGGGACAUCAAGCCCGAGAACAUUCUGGUUGCGGACAAAAAAUUGACAGUCAAACUGGGCGACUUUGGCCUUGCGAAGAUCAUUGGGGAGGAUUCUUUUACGACCACGCUAUGUGGCCCCCGAAAUCUUACAGGAGAAUCGCCGCCGGCGUUACACCAAGGCCGUAGAUGUCUGGUCCCUGGGAGUGGUUCUCUACAUCUGCCUGUGUGGGUUUCCCCCUUCUCUGAUGAAUUGUACACGGCGGAGAACCCCUAUAGCCUGGCCCAACAGAUCAGUAUGGGCCGUUUCGACUUUCCAUCACCCUACUGGGACUCCGUGGGGGACCCUGCUCUGGACCUGAUCGACCGGAUGCUCACCGUGGACGUUGAGCGGCGAAUUACGGUGGACGAGUGUCUGGAACACCCUUGGCUCACCCAGAAGUAUCCCAGCGUCACCGACAGCACGGACGGGCUGACGGGUGCCCUGGGCAAACUGGAUUUCUCGAAGCGAAAGGUCGAACGAGAGCGAACCAUGCUGAGCAGUGUCAAUGACGUGCACUUCAGCGAGCUUGUCGAGGGCAGCAGUGCUCCAGUUAAGGUCUUCCACAAGAACGAAGCGGGCAAGCGAGUCCAUAACCGACCUGCCAAGGCCUCACGCCGUGAACCAUCUCCUGGAAACAACCGUGAACCCCGGGACUUCGCAAAUCUGGGCCAGCGUGGAGAUCCUGCUCUCUACGACGAUGAACCCACGAGUCGAUACCGAUGA